CAGACAGCCGUUGCCACUGAGAGCUGAAAUGGCACAGAAAGGAGAUCAGCUGGACCGAGACUCCUUCUCUUGUUCGAUCUGUCUGGAUCUACUGAAGGAUCCGGUGACUAUUCCCUGUGGACACAGCUACUGCAUGAGCUGUAUUAAAAACUUCUGGGAUGGAGAGGACCAAAGAAAGAUCUACAGCUGCCCUCAGUGCAGACAGACCUUCACACCGAGGCCUGUUCUGAAUAAAAACACCAUGUUUGCAGCUUUAGUGGAGCAGCUGAAGAAGACUGGACUCCAAGCUGCUCCUGCUGAUCACUGCUAUGCUGGACCUGAAGAUGUGUCCUGUGAUGUCUGCACUGGGAGGAAGAUGAAAGCCUUCAAGUCCUGUCUGACCUGUCCUGCCUCUUAUUGUGAGAAUCACCUCCAGCCUCAUUAUGAUGCAGCUCCAUUAAAGAAACACAAACUGGUGGAGCCCUCGAAGAAGCUCCAGGAGAACAUCUGCUCUCGUCAUGAUGAGGUGAUGAAGAUUUUCUGCCGCACUGAUCAGCAGAGUAUCUGUUAUCUCUGCUCUGUGGAUGAUCAUAAAGGCCACGAUACAGUCUCAGCUGCAGCAGAAAGGACUGAGAGGCAGAGAGAGCUCGAGGUGAGUCGACUAAACAUCCAGCAGAGAAUCCAGGACAGAGAGAAAGAUGUGAAGCUGCUUCAACAGGAGGUGGAGGCCGUCAGUCGCUCUGCUGAUAAAGCAGUGGAGGACAGUGAGAACAUCUUCACUGAGCUGAUCCAUCUCCUCCAGAAAAGAAGCUCUGAUGUGAAGCAGCAGAUCAGAUCCCAGCAGGAAACUGAAGAGUGUCGAGUCAAAGAGCUUCAGGAGAAGCUGCAGCAGGAGAUCACUGAGCUGAAGAGGAAAGACGCUGAACUGAAGCAGCUCUCACACACAGAGGAUCACAACCAGUUUCUACACAACUACCCCUCAGUGUCACAACUCAGUGAACUUUCAGACACAUCCAGCAUCAAUAUCCGUCCUCUCAGAUACUUUGAGGAUGUGACAGCAGCUGUGUCAGAGCUCAGAGAUAAACUACAGGACAUCCUGAGGGACAAAUGGACAAACAUCUCACUGACAGGGACUGAAGUGAAGGUUUCACUGUCAGAACCAGAACCAGAGCCCAAGACCAGAGCUGAGUUCUUAAAAUAUUCAUGUGAAAUCACUCUGGAUCCAAACACAGCAAACACACGACUGUUAUUAUCUGAGGGGAACAGAAAAGUAGAACGAAUGAGCCAACAACAGUCUUAUUCUAGUCAUCCAGACAUAUUCACUUCUUUUAGUCAGGUCCUGAGUAGAGAGAGUCUGACUGGACGUUGUUACUGGGAGGUGGAGUGGAGAGGAGGAGGAGUUCGUAUAGCAGUCGCAUACAAGAACAUCAGCAGAGCAGGAGGGUCAAAUGAAUGUGUAUUUGGACGUAUUAAUGACAAAUCUUGGGCUUUAAAUUGUCAAACUGAUAGUUAUAAUUUUCUGUUCAACAACAUUGAAACUCGCGUCUCAGGUCCUCGUUCCUCCAGAGUCGGAGUGUACCUGGAUCACAGAGCAGGUAUUCUGUCCUUCUUCAGCGUCUCUGAAACCAUGACUCUCCUCCACAGAGUCCAGACCACAUUCACUCAGCCUCUCCAUGCUGGACUUUUGCUUCUUAAUUAUGGAGUCACAGCUGAGUUGUGUAAACUGAAAUAGACAGAAGUGAUUUCAGACUUCAUGUGUCAGAUCCUGAGUUGUAAUUAUUCAUAUUUUUGUCUCCAUGUUUCUGAGAGCUUGUUGCUGUUUCUGAACUGCACAGAGAUCAGCUGUCAAUCAAACUGGAGUUGUCAUCACCUUUUUCUUUUCAUUUGUUCUGUCGAUAAUUUC